UUCGAUGAAAUUGAACAUAAUGAAUUGACAACUAGUAAUGAAGUAGGACAUGGUUAUGAAGAUAUUAAUGAUAGUUUAAAUAGUGUAGCAAAUGAAGUAAAUGAAAAUAUUAAUGAAAAUUUAAAUAACACAGAUGGUAAAGAUGGUGUUUUAGAAUCUUUACCUAUAGCACUUUGUAAAACAUGUCAAAAUUUAAAUAAGUAA